UAGAGAAGUACAGAAGCCACAUCUGGAUUUGGCGCCACAAGUCCAGUACGCGUUGACGUCAUCGUGGAAUGUCAGCAGACACGCCUACUACUUCCAUCUUAGCCAUGUGGAUAUGACCACAAGCGAUCGCGCGACGCUUCGGACUGUUUUUAAUACAUUUUAACUCAUAUUGCACGUGAGCAGAAUGUCCGAGUCGGUGUCGAGGUUUCAGGCGGAGGUGUCGGCCGUUAUGGAGGUCUUACUGAAGGUGGCCGUCGUGGAGAUAACGAAAGUUUUUGAGGGUCGCUCACUGGACUCUCAUGGCUGCACGGUCAAAACAGGAGAUCAGAUCCAAACAGAUUUGGUGUCUGUGCCGGACAUCAGGGCUCAUAUGCAAAAUGCAUUGACUAAUAUGUCUGAUAAGACGGUUUGUAGCGUCGGCGUGCAGGUUGAGGAGACGAUGCUUGCCCAAAACAACGAUGAAAGCACAUCCAGUGAGAAAGACAGUGUUUGUCAACAGGAGUCCAAAACAUUGGAGGGCUUAUGUCCCUCUGAAAGUCUCUGUAAUGUUGAUCUUCCCUGCUCCAUCUUCAUUGAUAAUGGGGUUGAUGAUGGAAAAGCAGACGGUAUAACUGACUGUCCAUGGAUAGGUGACUUUAAAAAGCCAGAGACAAUUCAGGAGAAUGGUCUUCAAAGACUUGUAGAGUCGUCUUCAUGCUCUUCAGAGGUCAGCCCAUUCAACUCUGUUGUAGUUAGCAUUCCCAGUGAAGACCUUAACACAGACACUAUUGGCCAGCUGGACCUCGGCCUUAUGGAUGUAAAUCCUUUAUCCAUUGAUGAAACAUCUCAUAUAGAUCCUCCUCAGUCCAGUGGUACCAUUGCCACACCCGCUCACCUUACCCAGGUAACCAGUAAAAGCACUAUAGAGGCCAGACACGCAUCCAAUUUAAAAAAGGUGCGUUUCCAGCUCAGCCAAACGCCGUUUGAUUGCAAACUGUUGAGGCCUUGCUCUGUUCAACUGGUGAAUCUUCUGAUGUUGUCCAGUUCGGUUAAAAGGACAAACGGUGCCAGCGGUAAAUUCCCAUCUGCACACAAAGAUCUGCGAACCCAUCAGAAUACCCAUACGGGACGCAGACUCUGCUGCUUCACGGAGUGCGGUAACGGCAUUUGGCGUCUUCAAGGGGUCCUCACGCGCGGCCACCCUCUCGUCUGCAAGAUCUGCGGCAAAAAGUUCAAACGCAGGAAGAUCUUGAAAAGACACGAGCGCUUUCAUACGGGCGAAAAGCCGUACUCGUGCAGAAAGUGCAAAAAAAGAUUCGCGCUACGGAAGAGCUUGAGAAGGCACGAGAGGUUUCACACCGGAGAAAGACCUCACAACUGUCCUCACUGCAGAAAGGCCUUCCGUCUCAAAAACAAUCUCAAGGCCCACCUGCGCUUUCACACCGGUGAAAAGCCUUUCGCUUGCAACCUGUGCGCCAAGAGUUUUCGGAUCUCGAAGAACCUGGAGAAACACAGACUGACGCACGCUGCGGCAGGUAGAUGUGAAUCUGUUAACUCGUGAUUGUGUUUGCUUUCGAUCUAAUACCAGACACUCCUACCUCACCUAAGAACCACUGGAUCUAAACAAUAAUUGUUUUAGAAAGUUGAAGCGCAUCAGGGGUGGGUUUCCAGAAUAAUGACUUAACUCGCUGCUGAACAUGCAUAGUUGGAGAAACUAGCAAGUCACGACUGUCAGCUAUCAACUUUAUCGCACAUCCGUCGUUUGAACCAUGUUGGUUCAACAAUGUAGUUGAUGAUGCCACGUAGGACGGUGAUGUACGAAUUAAUCAGUUCAGAUCAGAUUAUUGCUGUUAAUAAUGUUAGAGCUGGCGAAAAAUCGCACGCGGGUCUCAUAAGUAAAGCCGGUUCAGUGAUUAGCAGUAAAUCGCCAUCACCUGCUUUCAGAUGGAGCGCCAUUUACUACACAAAGCCAUAUUUCUCCAAAAGCUAGGCAAAAUCGUGUUCAUAAUCGUGGAAAACCGUCUCUGAUUAUGAACGUGAUUUUGCCUAGCUUCUUGGUGAAAUACGGCUCUAAAUUUAAUACUAAUCACCAAAACUUUUGCAGGCGAUUUUUUUUUUUUGCCCAGCUCUAAAUAACGUACAUUGCAUCUGAAAACUUUUUUGUUAUCGUAUUUUAGUUCUCUGUUGUUUUAUUUCAAGUUAUAUCACGGGACUGUUGAAUGCUGUAUUCUGAUUGGCUGGGAAAUGUUCCAUGGGUGUUAUUUUUCUGGAAAAACCCACACCUAAAUUGUCAAAUGUCUUAAAAAUAACCACCAGAGCAAUGUUUGUGGUAACCAACCGUGGAAUAAGCGUAAUAAUUUACGGUCCUUUGAAUUACUUGAAAAUAAUGCACCACCACAGCUUCGCGUCGUGCCGCAUUAACAACUUGGUGCGCAUUAUUUUCUUAUAAUUGAAAGAUUCACCUCGUCAAUUAUUCCUUACAUAUUUCAUUACGUUACUCCUCCCAGGGAUUCCCCAGGGUCUUAAAGCCCAUACACUACACCCAUGCGCACUUUUCAAAAGCAAUUCUUUGGGUUGGCCAAAGAUGCUUCUGGGAAACGCACCCCUGGUCAUCUUAUUGUUAAGUGAUCAUUCCGUUUAUUCCUGAUUUUGAGUUGUAAAGGUGAUUUUUGCAUCUUGAUCAGGAAUUUUUCUUCUGUUGUAAAUAUUUGUUGUUAUUGAAACCAAGUCUGCAUUU